GAGCUGCUCCGGUUCCGGGUGAGAGAGAGCGUUCUUCAGCUGCGGCGGCAGGUCGAUUUCUAGGGCAAAAAAUUCGCUCAGGUUUUCCCUCGAUUCGCGUCCCUAAGGCGAGAGCGAGAGCUAGUCGACGAAGGAUUCGGUUGGGUUGCUGGGACCGAGAUGGCGGGGCGCAAGGAGACUGCACUCGACCUAGCCAAGUUCGUCGACAAGGGCGUCCAGGUGAAGCUCACCGGCGGCCGGCAAGUCACAGGAACUUUAAAGGGCUAUGACCAAUUGCUGAACUUAGUGCUGGAUGAAGCAGUUGAGUCUGAAAGAGAGCAAGAUGACCCACUGAAACUAUCAACUAAGACCAGACAGCUUGGUCUCAUUGUCUGUAGAGGCACAGCAGUCAUGCUGGUGUCACCAACUGAUGGAACUGAUGAGAUUGCAAACCCCUUUCUCGCAGCCGACGGGACAUCAUAAGCUUUGCAAUGGUCGAUUAGAUAAGAAACUAUGUUACCCAAGCAUGUUGCGAGGAGCUUCUGUUCCAUUGGAAUAACUUGAUGCACCGCAUUUGACGUGUGCUGAUGAAACUUUGUAAUUUGUACUGAGCAACUUGAGACAUCGAUCCUUUCUGAACAGCCAUGGUGUUGCAUGUAUCUUCCUUUAUGGAUGAUGUUUUCAUGUAUCUCUUGGUACAA